AUGUCGGCUCUUCAACCACGACCUCUAGCUGCUCGAGCUGCUGCUGCUCCAGCACCCAUAACAACCAAAAUUGCCUCCACUAAAUUCCUUGCCAAACGAUAUAUGUCUGCCUACUUGGGCAGAGUAGCUCUUUGGACGGUCUUGGUACUUGCCGGGGCAUCUGUAUGCGUUACUGGCUCCGCCUCCUCCGGCCUUUACGCCCUCAUCUACGCCAUCCCCACCUUCAUCUCUCUCGCCGUCAUCCUCAAACUUCGCAAAUCCUUCAUCACCGAACCCUACCGCCCCGCUCCCCGAACCUCUCUCGUCCGACUCUUUCUUUCUUGUUUUUGGAACCCGAGAGCCAUCACGUUGCUCGCGGCGUACUAUGUCUUUGGGUUGACUGUUUCAAAUGCGUGGUUGAGUUUGUUGGGAAGGAAUAAUUGGGGAUUCUUCACUCCUACCAUUCGACACCCGUGGCAGCUCAACGAGCACCGAGUCAUCCUCGUCUUCUCCAACGCAUGCCUUCUCACCACCAUCGCCGCCCGUGACAUCCUUGGUGAUAAACUCAAACCCACAUGGCCGACAGAAAGGAAACCUUUGGGCAAAGCCGUCCAGGCAGCUCUUCUCAGCGAAGUCUGGACGUCCACCCGGAUCGGAUUCACAUUCUCAUGGUCCGUCAUUGCGCCUUUUGCCUACUGCUGGCUCGGUAUCAGGACUUUUGUAUGGCAGUGGGCCAACUGGAGGAUCCUCGCUUCAACUGUCCGACCGUUCGUGGGCAAUUUUGCUCGCCAGACGUCCAAGACGCCUAGUCCGUGGUCGCUCCUCGGCCCGAUGCUGGUGCUGAACUUUGUGGCGCUUGUCAUUUUGCAGUUCCCUGUCAAGGCGUUGAUGGCUUAUACAACUCAGAGUCCGUUGAGUCAGGAUCAAUACUUGAUCACUGCUCUCAAGUCCAAAGACAAGUACUACCUCCAAUUCACCCUCAUGGAGCUUCUCCGCGUGGCUCACAUCCCCGCCUCCCGUAAGGCCCUCUUUGACAACAUCUCCAGAUCUCCCAUCCCCGUCCUCGCCCUCUGGCAAGACCUUCUUCUCCACUUUGGCACCGUCCACCACACCCUGAUCACCCGCGGCUCCAUCUCUCGCCCCCUCACCCCCGCCCAGCCUUCCACCCCUUCGUCUGCCCACGCCAUCCCCAUCAAGCAAGGCGACAUCUUUCGUCCCCAGCCCAAAGCCAAGUCUUCAUCAUUCAACCUCAAAGCCGCUUUCGACGGACCUAUCCGGCCUUCUGCCCCUCCUCCCGCUGUGGCAGAGAAUAUUUCGAAAGUCGGUGAUCUGGCCAAGAAGAGGAUUGGAGAGGCACAAGGCAUGGCGUUGGGGAGGAUUGAAGCGACGGGGGUGGGGGCGAGUUUUGUUGGAGAGGCGAGGGUUGCGCGGAGGGAUGUGCAUGAAUGGGCGGGGAGAGAGUGGGCCAGGAGGUCGGUGAGAGUUGUGCUGGGAGAUGCGGUCAUUGUGCAGAGAGUUAUUGACAUUAUGGUGCUCUUGGCAGGCGCUUCGAUCCAAGAAGAUACCUACGGCAACGUCCAGCAAGUGCUUCCCUCGACCCUUGAAGCAAUAGUCCGAUUCCGGGAUGCCGUCAAGCUGUUUGAGCUGGAACUUGUUGGCAAGGCGAGAGUGCUCGGGCCAGCGCAGGAGAGCGGCUUGGGAGAGAUCAAGGAGAGUCUGGGAGAGAUUGUCACCUACUGUGAAGACUCUGUGCGCAAGGUGGCUGCUGAUUUCGGGCAGAGCCUGGGGGCAUUCAGGUUCCCGCCUGUCAUUGCGCAUAGCUUGGGAGAAAUUUGCAAGCCCAGCAUUUGA